UUGUAAUUUGUUCUCCUUUUCAGGCAUCAGCGCAAAUUGUUAAACAAAAAUUCGACUCGGUAAUAAAAACAAACGUUCUUAGACUAUGUGCUGUAUCGAAACAAGACGUGUAAAUUACUCAUAGCCACAUGGAUCUAGCGUCUACACCGUCGAAUGCCUCGGAUAGCAAUGAAUAUCCUGGCGCCAUACCGUCGCAGUUCGAUACUUCUCAUGAUGCAAACACAAAACGUCGCAGUUCGUCGAGGUCGAUAAAACGCAGGCGGUUCGACGAUGAAUUAGUUGAGUACAGCCUCAGUCUACCCGGCGCGUCGAUGGGAAAAGGGGAGAAGAGGAUUCGUACGCAGUCCUACACAAGUCAGGUCCCUGAGUUCCUCGCCGUGGUCACUCCGAAACCGCCAGCACCGACCAACGAGCGCCGAAGGGCGAGUAAAGGCGCUGGCGGCGGCCCAGGACGUAAAUCCCACCGCAAGGGACAGCUCAGUCAAUUAUCUACUAAAGAUUUAGGAAGAUGGAAACCUACUGAUGAUCUUGCUCUUAUUAUUGGUGUUCAACAGACAAAUGAUCUACGAAUGGUGCACAGGGGCAUAAAGUUUUCAUGCCGGUUCACAGUUGGAGAGUUACAGUCACGUUGGUAUGCAUUGCUCUAUAAUGCAGAAAUAUCCCGAGUAGCUAUAGCGGCCAUGCGUAAUCUCCACCCGGAUUUGGUUGCACAUGUUCAACAACAGGCAUUGUAUUCUACUGCAGAAGAGGAAUUACUUGGUAGCUUGUCAAGUAAUUCACAUCCAGCAAUAGAGAAAUUUCAAGAGUUACUGGAGCAAAACCCUCAUGUAUUCUAUCCCACUAGAACGGCUAAGUCUCUGAUGGCACAUUGGCAGCUGAUGAAACAAUAUCAGCUGUUACCUGACCAAGUGGUGUUACCAUUACCUAAAGGUCAAGGAGAUGAUGUUUUGACAUUCUCUGAUGCAGAGGACACAAUGAAUGACAAUGAGUUACAGGACUACAAAGAAGACGGGAUUGAUGUGGAAAUGCAAAUCGCCGACAGGAUCGAAAAGAAGAACAUUAGGCUGCUGGAGAACUCGCUCUCCCGCUGGCAAGUGCUGGUGCAGUCCGUAGCAGGGGGCAGCGUAGAGUUGGAUAAGAACACACUGGCCGUGCUGCGGGGAAGACUCGUCCGGUAUCUUAUGAGGAGUAGGGAGAUCGCCGUCGGACGAAGCACAAGAGAUCACACGAUAGACGUGGACUUAACACUGGAGGGGCCCUCCGCGAAAAUCUCGAGGAAGCAGGCGACGAUUCGGCUCAGGAACAGCGGCGAUUUCUUCAUGUCAUCGGAGGGGAAGCGUCCUAUCUUCGUAGACGGUCGCCCCAUUCUACAAGGCAACAAAGUGAAACUCAACCACAAUAGCGUUAUCGAGAUUGCUGGUCUGCGUUUCGUGUUUCUUAUUAACCAAGAUCUCAUCAACGCGAUUCGCCAGGAAGCCGUCAAAGUUAACAUACCCAUGUAAAUUUCAAUAAAAAGGUCAUCAAACAA